GAAUUGGGUACCUCGCUGGUCUGAUUUUGCUUCCAGAGGAAAUUUUUGUCCGGACCGGUUAACCGGUCCCGAUCGUUAACCGGUUAACCGUCGGUCCCGACCGUGGCCAACCCUACCAGUUCCAUCGUGUACAAAAGUCAACUGCGGAAGAGCUAUCGCAGUAACCUCUGUGGCCAGUGUUACGUGUGCGAAGCACCACAGUCAGGUCAGGUCAAGUCAGGUCAGGUUAGCGUUGCGUACUCUAUUUUUCUCACUCCCGCGCUUACGUUCAGUUUUUGAAAAUUUGCUUUCCGCUGGAUUCCCGAAAGCACUGCAACUGGUCACGGUUUUCGAAGGCGUUCUCGUACAGCUCGAAGCUCUCUCGUGAACUGCGCCCGGAAGAUGGCGAUGGCGAUGGCAGCAUUGCUUCGGAUGCUCCAGAUUUGAUUGCCUGGUUCGCCUCUUCUUGCACGAGGUCCCGGAGCGGAGGGUGCGAGACAUUCUCUCCAGUGACGACGAGAGGCUGAUUUCAUCCCCGGGAACUUUCAAUUCCUCGUCAACGGGAAUUUUGCUCGAGGCGUUGUCAAUUUCAGAAUUUGGAGACCGAUCUGAAGGCCAAUGGCUCCUCGAUUUCGUGUCCCGGCUGCUAUCGAAGACUUGAUGAGGCCGCCGGAUGAUGAUGAAGACUUUCUUUAUGUUCAUGAAGUUGUGGAGGUUGAGAAUCUGUCUCCCGGAGAGGUUCAUCAGCUUGUGAAAGGUUUGGCGACCGAGUUAGCUGACAAAGACGUCCUUUCGAUUGAAGAGCAGAGCCUGUUCGAUCAGAGCUACUCGCUUGUGAGAGACUUUAAGCACUUGGAGCCCCCUGCGAGGGGAAUGUUGAUGGACAGCAUGUGUACAAAUUUCGUCCAGCUUAAUGCAUCUUCAUCAAUUCUUAUUCAGUCACUUGAAGAUUGCAGUGAAGACCCGUUGGACCUGCUUCACCAAUGUCGAUCACACAGCAAUGCAGUGCAAAUAUACGCAUACUUCUUGAUGUACAUGCUCACUACGGACGAAGCAGAUUCUGAACCAGCGGCUGAAAUGUCUGUGGCUCGUGGAGCUCCGAAGGGACGUUCUCGGAAGAAACAUGUACCUCAAGCGUGGGAUUGGGGUUCACUAAGAACUCGCUGUGUUAAAGUACUGGCCGGAGCUGUCCAAAAUGAUCUUCAUCGUAUAUUCGAAUCCCAAAAGGUUGAUGAGAAUUUUGUUGCGUUUCUGGCCAAGGCAGCAUUCAAGAUGAUGGAAAGUCGAGAGAUCACGGAGAAAGCCGAGAACAAGGAUUGCAAAGAGGCUUUGUACGUUAUCAUCUCUGCCAGUGCAAUCAAGUACAACUACCAAAUUUCGAUUGUUGCUACGAUGAUUCAUAUGCUACACAAGCAUGAACACGUACCGAUACCUUUUGCAGAGCUCGUUUCGCUGGCGGAGAACCAGUAUGCUGCCAGUAGCCUAGCAGUUGACCUGUUGAGAGCGAUUGGACAGAUUGACCCCAGUAACUUUGAACGUGACAAUGCAGGGGCAGAUAAUGUUGGGUUGUUCCUUGAGGAGUUAGGUGGUCGGCUUCCUAAACUCAUGGUCAUGAAUUUGAGCGUCCUCAUGUGCCAUUUAGAUGGGAAGUCUUACAAAAUGAGGAACUCGCUGGUCAAAUUGAUUGGAACUCUUCUUGUCAAAGCAAUCAAAGAGACAAGUGAAUCAGAAUCCAAUGAGGGUUCUCGUCUACGAAAUGAGCAAACUCUGCUUAAUAUCUUAAUAGAGAGAAGCAGAGACACAUCUGCUCACACACGAAAGCAUGUUCUUCGAACUUGGGCUUACCUGUGCAAGGAACAUGCAGUUUCAAUCGGACACUGGAAUCUUGUGUCAGAUUUAGCAGCUGGCCGCCUUGAGGAUAAUGCAGCUAUUGUGCGUAAAAGUGCUCUGCAGUUGCUCGGAACUCUGUUGGAGUAUAACCCAUUUGGUCCCCAAUUGCGUACAGCCGCCUUUGAAGCUACCUACGAGAAAUACAAAGAGAAGUUAGGAACUAUGGAUCCUCGUAGAGAGGAUGAAAGCACGGAGCUAGAUCCCAGCUUAACUGAAGACACCGUUGAAAGACUUGAAGGAGAUGACGAGGAAGUAACCAACGAUCCUGAUGCUCAAGCGGCAUCUGUUCCCGUUGAGGAUGACAUUGAUGCCGUCAAAACGGCAGCUCCUGAAGAACUUACGACUGGUUCGCGCUUUGCCUCGGAAUUAGGUGGUUUGGAGCAGACUCGGGCACUAGUGGCUUCUCUAGAAGCAGCUCUGAGGUUUUCCAAGUGCAUAGCAUCUACCAUGCCAAUGCUAGGGCAGUUGCUAGCCUCCUCAACGAUUGGAGACGUUGAUGGAGCGAUUCAACUUCUUAUGGUUUGCAGGCAGUUCGACGUUGAUGGUUCGGAGUUAUGCAUACGCAAAAUAAUGCCCCUUGUGUUUUCUCAGGAGUUGGUGAUAAGUAUUGCUGUGGACGACGCUUUCAAGACCCUGUAUUUGAAAGGUGCUCCGUCCGAAAUAGCUACCAGUCUUGUCCAACUAACUCUUGAAGCUAGUCUGGGAGAUCUCGCUUCAAUUGAGGCGUUGGUCGGAAAGAGUAUGAUGAGAGGAGAUAUCACGCCCGGCACGCUAUCUGCUUUGUGGAAUAUCUUCACUUUCAACGCUCCAACAGUGACACCUGAUCAAUGCCGUGGGGCGCUUGCUGUAUUGUGCAUGGCCGCAAAGUCUAAUGCUAAAAUUCUACGAUCCAACAUACAAAAUAUUUUAGAUAUUGGGUUUGGUCGAUGGGCCAAGGACGAUGUUAUGCUCGCCCGUUAUGCUUGUAUUGCUCUUCAACGUCUUUCAGAAGAGGACAGGAUGAGCAUCAGAGCAAGUCACAAAAUCUUCAGUAUCUUGUCCAAUUUGAUUAUUGGACCCGGCCUUCCAGAAGUUUGCGUAUAUUCUGCUACAGAACAAGCUCUUAAUGUCAUAUAUGAAUUGCAUCCUACGCCAGAAACCUUUUCGUCUACGAUCCUGGUAAAGUUCUCCCAAGAGGUGUUUGAAUGUCUGCCAACAAACAAUGGUCAUUCAGAACAAACUGGUGUUUCUCCCGAUAACUCAAAUAGAUCCAACUCUUCCCUACUUCAUGACUUUUCUUCCAUAAACGCUGAGAAACUCAGUCGCUUUCUCUUUGUUGCGGCACACAUAGCUCUUAAACACCUCGUUUAUAUCGAGUCUUGUGUAAAAAGGCUACGCAAACAGCGUGGGGAUAGAGAGAAGGCUGCUGCAAAUGCUGCAUCAGAGUUGGAGGAAAUCGAGGAUCAAGAGCAAGUCAAUCACGCCGACCAGGAAGAAAACAUUUCUAAAGAGCUGGGACUAAAUGCUUCAGAAGAUGCAAAACUUGACGACAUAGUUGAGCAAGCCGAGAAAGAAAUAGUGUCUGGUGUAAAAAACCGGACGUUCCUAAUUGGAGCAAUAGCCCCGAUCGUUGUAAAACUUUGCAAAGCUUCAGGCGUCUUGCAACAGAAUCCGAAAUUAAAAUCAUCAGCAGUGUUGGCCUUAUGUAAACUCAUGGCAAUUGACGCAAAUUUCUGUGAGAGGAAUCUGCAGCUUCUCUUUACAAUAGCCCGAAAUUCCUCGGAAGAUGCCAUAAGGUCUAACUGUGUGAUUGCACUGGGCGAUCUCGCGCUUCGUUUUCCAAAUUUGCUGGAGCCAUGGCUGGAUCAUAUGUAUGCCCGAGUUCAUGAUUCAUCCGGAUCUGUUCGUAAGAACUCCGUUCUGGUUCUCAGUCAUCUCAUCCUCAAUGACAUGAUUAAGGUGAAGGGUCACAUCAGUGAGCUGGCCAUACAUGUGGAGGAUGAAGAUCAGCGCAUCUCGGAUCUAGUUAAACUUUUCUUUCACGAGCUUUCCAAAAAAGGUAACAACCCCAUAUAUAAUCUGUUCCCAGACAUCUUGAGUCGCCUAUCCUGCAACGCAGAAGUCUCUCAAGAUAGUUUCUACACAAUCAUGCAGUUUCUGAUGGGCACUAUUAAAAAGUGCAAGCAGAUGGAGGGCCUCAUCGAGAAACUUUGCAAUCGGUUCUUAGGCACAUCUGAGUCGAGACAAUGGCAAAGCCUUGCGUACUGCUUAUCACAAUUGAACUAUACUCAGAGUUCCUUAAGGAAACUGUCAGACUCAUUCAAGUUCUAUGAGCAUGCCCUUGGGGAUGACGAAGUGUUUGGACAUUUGAAGGCGCUGAUUAUUAAGACAAGAAAACUGGCAAAAGCUGAGCUCAAGUUGGUGUUGAAUGAACUGGAAGAGAAGCUCGUGCAGUGCCACAAUGAAAGGAAAGAGCAGGAGACCGCCACGUUGAAAGCCGAAACGCACCUUCACCGUACCCGGGCCAUGCAAACGCAAGACAACGAUGAAAUACAACGCGAAGACGAGAAAGCCACUAAUGGACACGUUGUAAAGGAGGAACCGCUGUCACUUGAGCCUGAAAUAAGUCAAAAUACUCCACAAGGGGCUGGACUCGAGAGAGCUUCACGAAAUAGAGUUUUGGACGUUGCUGAUAGUCAUAGCUCUUCAGACCAUGAAUGGUGGGCAGAAGACUCGAACGACGAUGAAAAUGACAAUGGGAGACAAAGACUUCGAAUUCCCAAAUUCUCUAAAACCACCGCAGAGAAGGUAGAUAAGAACGAACGAACAGUUGCUCUGAAGAAUGUACCAGCCCAAGACUUGCCCUCUAGAAGCUCACCGUCCAUCAAACUGAAAAAGGAAGCUGAAGAUGUUGACGACGAAGCGUCUACUUGCUCACAGGUAAGUGAAGUGGAUAUGGAAGAAGGUGAUAUAGAUGCGGCAUCUACGUGUUCACCAGAAGGUGACGAAUGUAUAGGUGAUUUAGAUGACGCAUCAUCGACAUGUUCAGAAAUUAUCGGAUCUGAUAGCGAUUCAUUGUAUAGUUCUUAGCUAAAUUAGAGGUGUUACUCAGUUGAUGAGUACUAGUUCAAAGUAAAGUCCUCUAUGAUUACAGAAUUACACAAAAGUGUAUUUGAUUUCGGUGGUACCAAUCUGUGAUGGAAAUCUCCCACUACCUUUCGAGGGGAAAUCCUAUGUCCACAUGAAAGUCAGCUGCUGCUCG